AGUUCUAUUGGUUCGAAGUAUGGGAGAUUUGACACAUGUAUGUGAGAGUCUGCAAACAAGCCCGCAGAGGUGCACAGGGAAAGCUCGGAAACUGUGCAUGACUGUGCACUAAAUUUGAUUUCGUUGGUUACUUUCGUGUGUCUACUGUGCUCGACUUCCCAUGGUCCUGGGCACGGCUGCAAUUGGCAGAGAACCUUGACGGGCAUGCUGACAACGCAUGAGCUGCAAGACAGAAAGCAGAAGUUUCGGAACAAAUCAAAAAGAUUCAUCAGGAGCCACGACAAAGCGGAGCAGCGUUGCCUGCAGAGUACAGGUUCAAUUGAGCCGGGCAAAUGGAAUGAGGAGGUAGUCCGUGCGCUCUCCACUAGAAUGCCAGGAGGGCUUUCAACUAUCACGCAUCCAUGCAAGUUUUGCGAAAGUGUGUUCUAUCCUUGCCUGUGCAUUGGUGGCGCUCACCGGCACAGGCGUGUCCUCCUAGCACCGCGUGUAACUCGAGAAGCAGAGGCACGACGUUUGCUCAAUGAGCCGAUGGGCAAUUUGCGUGAACUUAUGACAAGUGUCGACAUUUUAGGAAUGGACAAGGACAAGCUUCACAUUUCAGGCCCAGCUGAGGCCGACAGGCCUUGUGAGUUGCCUGUGGAAGCCUUUUCUGACUGCCAAAUUCAAUGGCGGGAAGAUGCUACAUAUGUGGUCAACCCUCAAGCCCCACCUGUGAAGCAGGAUUUGGUACUCACGAAAGACGAGCUGCAGAAGCUUCAGUGUGUGCUGGUGGAGCGCGACAAUUCCUUCACAGUGAGAGAGCGUUGGGAAGGUCGCGAGGUAAAGCCACAUGAAGUCGUCUACCGGAAUGCGCAAGAGGCUGUAAAAGACAUUAAGCUUCAGCAAGUGCAAACUGACAGGGAGAGCUACUGGGAGGUUUGCAAAGUCAAAGAUGAUGGGGUGGCCAGCAAAGCUCGUAUGGUACCUGGCCAACGUCUUUCUGAAAUUUCCAUAGCCUUGCCAGAUCCCCUCCAACUGAAGCUGGUCAGGAGCGAUGUGAAUUUGGAUGAUAUCAAAGGCCUUAGGUGGGAGUCCAUCAAGGUUGAGGAUAUGCCAGAUAUUCCAAAAUGCUUCUCAGAUUGGGGAAGCUCCGCAGAUGAUGCAGGUCUGUCGUUUCCGUGCAAGCUCAAGUUUGACCUGGUUGCCCCAGGGUCCCAAGUGAUUGCUGCAAGAGCAGGGAGGGAGAAGCCGAAAGAGGAACAAGAGGAAGACGAGGGUCACAAAAUUUCUCUGGACCUGCUGGAGAAACUGCAGAAAGAAAGCGAGUGCACAAUUCAAUUUGAGCGAGCUCCCCGCGAACGAAUUACUAGAUCAUCGGCUGCUGUUCGCCAUCGGCAUUUCAAAGAAAGCGACUCAGAGGGUUGGAAAGAUGACCUGUCCCUCUUCGAGACGUGGUUGGCAUCGAAGGCGAUGUCUCCGAAUCAUUUGAAGUUUGUCUUCAAGAAGCUCUUAGAGUCCGUCCGGAAAGAACUCACCGAGUUUGAGCGCAAAAAGACUCAUCGUUUUCAAUCACUGCUGGCCAAGAGCAUACGCUUCGUCGACUUGACAGCUCGAAGAGAUCAGUUGACAGAGAUUGCGGCAACCGCCAGUCUGCAGCAGAAACGCCACCACAAAGAGUUGCUAGCUGAAAUCAAUGUAAUUGAGCAAGAGCUGGAACUUCUGUUUGACCAGGUUCCGUUGUUUUUUCUCUCCGACAUCUCAGAGUUGGCCGGAGACAUCAUAACUUCAGGCAACAAAAUGGAACAGAUUGUGGUUCCAAUGCCUGAGCCCAAUGCAGCACCAUCGAGACGUUCUAGGAGCUUGCCGGCUGCUACCAUGAUGCACGUUUCCAGCAUGAAGGAGGCAGAAGAGAGCCUAGAAGAAUUGAUGGGACAAGCGAUGCCUUGUGAAGAGAGAAAGCGGCUCCAGGAAGCUUUCAAGUAUUUGCACAAGAAGUCAGAAGAGUACCACAACAAAUUGCAUGGCCGUGGCAAGAAACUUGACACUCAGUCGGCGAACGGCCAUGGUCAUGAAGAUGGCCGGCUUUCGUUCAAGGAAUUCGAGAAGGUGAUGUUGUUGAGUGGUGUGAAUUGGCUGGCGUCCGAAGAGUUGCGCGUGCUGUUUGACUCGAUGGAUGCGGAUGGAUCUGGUAAACUGAAUCUAGGAGAACUUCAAAACACAGCCAUCCGCUUGUCGGACUUGGCUGGCCGUGUGCAAACUUUUCGCGAAGAGAACAAGGGCAUGUCGGCCGAGAACUGCUUGCUGGAAUUUGGACAAUUGCUGCAAAUGGGACAUGAUCUCGUUGGACCUCAAGCACAUCCGCUUCUCCCGGACAGCCACAUCUCAGCUUCCAGCUACUUCAAUGAACGAGCAGAGUAUGGCAAGCAACAGAUGUGGCGGUCGCGACUGGAUUGCAUCGACUCUUGCUGGGUUGGAAAGCCCAAAGACCAAGAUCCAAAUCCCUGGCUUCAGUGGCAGUUUUCCUCAUGCAGAGAGAUCCGGGCUAUUGGGACAAAGGGCAGGCCCGAUACCGACAGCUGGGUCACAAAGUUCACGAUCAAAUAUUUGGCGGAAGAGCUUGAGGAUGAUGAGGAGAUUCCAGCAGAUGGACACUUCAAAUGGAAAAUGUACUGUGUGAAGGGAUGGCCGAUGCAAUUGGACGGAAACUUUGACAGGAACACCAGAAAGGACAACCUUCUAGAGCCUUUCGUUGCAAGCUGCGUUCGGAUCUAUCCAGUUGAACACAGGGGGCUUUGUCCAGCAAUGCGCGCGUCAAUCUAUGGCACUUUCAGGCCGCCCCAGAGAAAAAGCGCUGAGCAAGCCUUCGAACUUUUUUGUCAAGAUUUCACUGAUGUGACGCGGCCAAUUGCUAAAAGCAUACCGCGAACAAAGAUUCUUGAAGUACAGCAGGGCGCCAAAAGUGGCCCUGACACACAAGCUGGCUAACGAAUCUAAAUCAGGUUUGGAGCCGUGCUUACAAGUGAUGGAAAAGUCUUUGACCAGAAUCACAUGCCAAACAUGC